AUGCCUCUCCCACCCCGUAUCGACGUCCACUCGCACUUCCUCCCGCCUUUCUAUGUCGAAGCCCUCCUCGUAAACGGUCACGAGAAAGUCGAUGGUAUGCCCGCCAUCCCAGAAUGGUCUUUAGAAGGUCACCUCCAAAUCAUGGAAGCCGCCAAUAUCCAGGAGAGCAUCCUGUCCAUUUCGUCGCCGGGGACGAACCUGCGUCCGGACCUCCCAUCGUCUACUGUGAUAGACCUAACACGGAGAUGCAACGCCUACGCCGCAGAUCUGAAAAGAAGGUAUCCUGCGAAGUUCGGCUUUUGGGCGUCGCUGCCACUUCCAGACGUCCCCGCCGCACUGGAAGAAAUUGAUAAAGCGAGAGCAGAAGGAUGUGAUGGCUUCUCCCUUAUGACGAACUACCACGGGUCCUACCUUGGCGACCCCGUCUUUGACCCUAUAUUCGCACGGUUCAACGAGCUAGGCGCGAAGGUUUUCAUACACCCUACAGCGCCGUGCAUGCACUGCUCGCAGGGCGAGACAACCUGGGCUCUGCCGCUCGGCGACAGAUACCCCAUCCCCGUCUUCGAGUUUAUAUUCGACUCCGCAAGGACGGCGAUACAUCUUUUCUUCUCCGGGACGGUGGAUAGAUGCCCCAAUGUCACGUUUGUGCUGCCGCAUGCGGGUGGUGUCCUGCCGCCUUUGCUCACGCGGUUUACGGCUUUUGGGGCGCUGGUGCCGGGGAGUAAGGGAAUCGAUGCCAAGGCGGUAAGAAAACAGUUGGGAGAACAAUUCUACUUCGAUCUAGCAGGGACGGUGUUUGAGGGGGACGAAGGGGUGGUUGGGUCGGGGCAGUUGAAGGCGCUAGUUAGGGGAUUUGAUAUAAGCCAUGAGAGGUUGCUUUAUGGAAGCGAUUUCCCUUUUACAAGACAUGCGUCGGCGAUGAUUCUUGCGAAUAAGAUGAGGGAUGGAUUGGAAGAGUUGUUUAGCGAGCAGGAAAGGGGGGCGAUCUAUCAGGGCAAUGCUGAGAGGUUUCUGCAUGAGAAGGCGUGA